GAACUAGCUGCUACUAUCUGGAAACAUAAGGGGGUGGAGAUAUUGACUCAGGACCUACUUGCUACUUGUUUAUGUAUAGUGCGGCUCCUGUUAUUGUGAAGAUCACGUACAAUACUCUCACUGCGUUUGCCAAUAAAGGAGAAACAUUAUAAGAAUAUCUGACAAAUUCAGUUGCGCUGAACAAGACAAUGUCUGAUAAGAACCAAACCUCAGACCUUCCUGAUCCACACGGAGGCUGUACUGAUGUGACAUCCUCAGCUGGCUCAGCGGUUGAGCAUGGAAGAGAACCAUAUGUGCGUGAACACGUGAAGACUGAGGAGGAUGAAGUUCCUAUAAAUACGGCUACAGGUCAUAUUGAUGUGACGCCUACUGAUGGCUCAGGGGUUGAGCACAGAGGAGAACCGUAUGUGUGUGAUCAGGUGAAGACUGAGGAGCAUGAAUUUCCUAUAAAUACGGCAACAGGUAGUCAAGAGGAAAACCCGGGCACUGGGCUAUUAAAUGUGAAGGAAGAGGAUGAGACAGAUGACAUGAAUAGUCAUCAGACUGAAAUACAUUGGUCCCUCCCUGCCGAUGAAGAUAACGCUGAUAUAGUGAAAGUUAAGAUAACAGAAGAUCUGUUUGUGAGGCAUCAGCUGGAAUCACAAUAUGAGGAAACCAGUGACCGUAUCAGCCCAGGUCAUAUGGAUACAACGCCUUCAGGUGGCACAUCGGUUGAACAUGGAGGAGAACCGUAUGUGUGUGAUCAGGUGAAGACUGAGGAAGAUGAAGUUCCUAUAAAUAAGGCUACAGGUGAUGUUAAGACUGAAGUUACACUUAAUGCUGAACAAACAAAUGAUCUGUAUGUAAAUAGUCAGCAGGAAGCUGUGAAGCAGGAAAUCAGUGACAAUAUCAGUACAGGUGAUGUUAAGACUGAAGUCACAGUUAAUGCUGAACAAACAAAUGAUCUGUAUGUAAAGAGUCAACUGGAAGCGGUGAAGGAAAAAACUAGUGACAAUAUCAGGACAGCUCUUCAGCUUAGACCUGCAGUAGCGAUCACCCAAAUGGCUGCUGCGGCGCCCCUCUGGUGUGAUUCUCUUUAUCAGAUGGUUUCUGUCCAAUCGCCUGAGGAUAUUCACAACUGCAUUAAAGUCCUUAAGAUUGCUAAUGACUUAAUUUGUGAUGCGAUUAUUGACAUCAUUAAAAUUGAGGUUAAGAAUAUGUCCAUUGCUUUUUAUUAA